GGGAGGCCGAGCCUGGCAAAGCAGCCCUACGUUGUCCUGCCCCGGGCCGGCAGCAGCAUGGUGCCCGCGCGGAGGGUCAAGACCGAGUACAUGAAGCGCUACAAGGAGCCCAAGUGGGAAUCGUGCGGCGCCUGCUACCUGGAGCUGCUGCGCUACCGCCUCAGCCGUCGCCUCCUGGAGCAGGCGCACCGGCCCUGGCUCUGGGACGGCUGGGAGCAGGGCAGCGCCGGUUCUGGCUCCGGCUCCGGCUCUGGCUCCCCAUCGCCGCCCGGCUCCGCCAGUCCCCCGCAGCAGCAGCAGCAGCAGGAGGCAGCGGAGAGGAGUAGCCCGGCGGAGCCCCCGCGCGGGGAAGAAAAAGAAACGGAGGGAGAAAAUCAAGAAAAAGCUGCAGAACAGACUGCUGUGAAAGAAACUGAUAAAUCGACCAGCCGUGCAGGCCAGCGUCCAAGUCGAAGUGCCUUGUCCAGUCGUGAUGAUCGAAAAUCAACUAAAAGUCCUCAAAGGACAGAAGCGCCAAAGGAGAAUAAACAUCCGUUUGCUUUAUAUGGUUGGGGAGAAAAGCAGACGGAUACAGGAAGCCAGAAAACUCACAAUGUCUGCGCAUCUGCCUCUGUACGUGAAAUUCAUGAGUCUGCACUACGAGCAAAGAACAGAAGGCAAGUGGAGAAGCGGAAGCUGUCUCAGAGGCGAGUGCGCUCUGCAGAUGCGGAGAAAGCCUGGAGAACAAAAUCAUCCCCACCAGAUAAUCCUUGGAUGACAGAGUACAUGAGAUGCUACUCGGCAAGAGCUCGGUGAAUCAAAAAACAUCCUGGGACAUUUUAAAAGAAGAAAAAAUUAAAUCAGGAUAUUGGUGCAAAGAACCAAACUAUUUAUGCAAGGUUUUUAUAAGGGUUUCCAGCAGUUUGUGACAAUGUUUGUACUCUGUCACCUACCUCACAGUAGGGUGUAUAGUUGGAGCCAUAACAUUUGAAGAUGGUUUUUUAAACAUUCCACCUUUUAAAAAUCUUUUGAAGAGGCAUUUCAAGUUAAGAAAACAAUUUCAAAACAUUAAAUAUCUAAGCAAAUGUUUACAGCCACUAAAUGUAGGUCACAAACAUGCAGCUACCCCUUAAUACAAACGUUCAUAAUUCUCUUAAGUUGUGUAUGUGGGUGUGAUGUAGGUGCCUUUGCAUUAUUUAAAAUAGUACUUUAUCACUUCCAUUCAGGCGGCUAACCAGAAAGCCAGUGUGGCUCUAGUAAGCUUCACUAAUGAUAGGAGAUCUGUGUUUGUCUCUGCAGACAGCUGCCAGAAGUUGCCCGUCUAUUUUUUUCAGGCUUUCAAAAAUGUUAAUGUGAUACUCUCUCAAAUUAUUUUAAUAGUGAAUCUUACUGGUAUGCUCCUAUUUUUCAUUGUUUUACAAUGUCGUGGAUUACAUCAGUAUUAUCCUGUGAUUACUUAUUGCACAGCAAGAAUUAGUCACAGGAUUAAAUUGCUGUUUUCACAACGAACACCAAAUGGUCGAUUGUAGACAAUCACUAUUUAAUGGCUGUCGGCCAGUAGACAGUUACUCACUCUACCAGUAUUGACCAGGGACCACUGUAUUAAGCUAGGGGACACAUCUAUCUAUGUUUGGGUCUAAUCACUUGAAUACCAGUUUCAGAUUACAUUUUUAAAAGUGUGCACUCUAAUGAGCAAGCUGGUUUCUGAAUAGUGAAGUCCUAUUUUUAACACUUGCAUCUGUGAAUCUGUCAAUGCUCCAAGAAAAAAUGGACUCAAUUCCACCUGGUUUAGUGUAGUUAAUACUUUGAUAGAAGGUUUAGAUUUGUAAUUUUGAUGAACACUUGCAAAUUAACUUAUUUAUGGGGUCCAAUCUUCCCCCGAGGUACAGGCAUAACUCCUUACCAAGGGGGGGAAAAAAACAUCCCUGGGAAACCCAGAGACUACCAAAAUCUCUAGAUAUUUUUAUUUCAUGGGUUCUUUUUUAAUUCCGUAGGACAGCCAGCACUUGUUUGAUGUUAGAUCCUCAAUGUACCUUUUAUCAGGUUGCUGUAAAUGGAAUUUUUACCUUUUGAAUACUAAGUGUGAGCUUUAAAAAAGAUGCUUAUAAUAGUUGUGAGCUUUUUUGAGACCUCUUUGAAGUGUGGUGUGUGUUUCAAGGUGCAUUCUUUUAUACAGAACACAUUACUGAACCCUGAACAUGUUUUACCAUGGUUUGACCUUAACACUUCAGGAUUUUUAAAGACCGUCUUAAGCUAGUUUUGAGGUGGGAAGUUUGUCCUGAGGUGUGUUGGUAUAGCAGAUUUUUAAAACUAAUGCAUCUACCAGUUUCUGUUUGGCUUCACUGUACAAGCCUUGGAAAAUGGAAGGCAGACAUUGGAUUCCAAAAACUGAAGGCAGUGAUUUAUCUGAGACUCGGUGUGCAGAAAGGUAAUAUCAAGGUUCCCCUUUCAUAAGGGGAUGACUGAAAGAGUCCAAGGCUGAUGGAGCAAGCACAGCUUUCCUAUUGCCUUGGUUUUUAAAUUUUAUAAUUUUAUUUUUUUCAUAUACAGAGUAAUAAAACUAACUUACUAAAUCAUUCCAUCUCAUGGAAUUUAAAUGAUGGCCUUUUCACUUGGGUUGCAAAAUUUAAGAGUGAAAAACUUUGUAAAAUGUUGUCUUCUAACCUGCCCUCAAACUGCCAACUACAGCAGGGGUCAGCAACCUAUAGUCUGUAGGCUAGAUCUGGUCUACUAAAGCCUUUUUAUUUUAUUAUCUUUAAUCCACCCCACCACCUUGGGGUGUCAGAGUUGCAACCAGCUGCCUGAAUUUGAACUUGGCUUAAUUUGGUGCACUGUUCCUAAAAGACUUUUCCAACCCUUGCACUAGAGACUUUCUAACUUGGAAAGACGACCUCUCCUCUGUGCAGUUCUUUUUAGAAAUUCCUGAAAGACGCUUGCAUUUCUGAGGGCAUCCAAUUCUACUGGAGAUUACUUCUUAACCUCAUGGGAGAAAUAAUAUUUUUAUUUUUAUUUUUCCUCUCUCAAAUAUUUGCUCUAAGUAGUCCCCAAGUUUCAGGUAAACUUCCAGAUCACUGGGCAUCUUAUCCCUUAAAAUAGUAACAGAGAUUAGUAGCAGCUAUAUUGGAUGAACAAAAAUGUGUGGGGAGUGUGUGUUUGGGUUUUUUUCCCCAAUGUGUUUAUUUUUUGUUUUUUGUUUUUGGUGUUUAAGUUUUUAACUCAAAAUAUUGGAUGCAUCUCUGUUUUGGAAGGAUGCAAGUCUUAAUGUCAAAGCCAUUCUGCCUACUGUUCUAUGCUUUCAGUGCAGGUGUCAAAUCAAGCAAAGUAUGAGGAAGAAGAAGGUUUGCUUAUAUGCCCUAGAUGGCAUGAGAAACCUAAGUAAGCCGCAGCAUUAAAGUUGCUUCAGGCUUGUCUUUUACUUGUCCCCUGAUAGUCUGGUCAGUAGUUCUUAUUCUACCAACAUUUAACUUGCUGGAAGGCAGAAGUGCUACAAAGUCAGAUUGCAUGACUGUCAAAUGUCAUUUUUUAGCUCUAACUUAAAAGAUCCCUGCACACCUGAGUGCUGUAUUUUCCCUGUUCUUACCUGGGGCGUGUGCAUAUAUGCAGCCUGAACAGAAGCAACUUUUUUUUUUUUUUUUCCUGCAAAAAACAUCUAUUGGGAAAGCCACCUCACCUAACCCAACUUCUUUAGAUGACCUUCUUGGGGGUGGGGGGUGGAAAGGAUCUAUCAUAGUACUUAAAGCUAUGACUUCAAGGGGUAUAAAGCUGACCCCAUGCUUGCUGCCAAGUCAGUUGUGGAUGCAAAGCAUCUUAAUUUUAGGAAACUGCACAGGCAAGCUGACCACUUGAAUUUGCAGUCCCAAGUGUUACCCUGCAGCUGUUGGUACAAAGUGAUGCAGAGAGUAACGAAAAUGCUUUCUUGAAAAUGGUUUUCGCAGUUAAACAGCUUCCAUAUUAAAUUUAGGAAUGUGGUAUUGAAGGAGAGCCCUAAUGAAAGGCUAGCUGCUUUUCAGAGAGCAAGAAACUCCUAUUAAUACUUGGCUAAUGUGAGCUAGAUUUGACAUACAUGUUCAGUGAAGUGGAAUGGCUUUUGCACCAAGACAGUGUAAAAAGAGGUUUUCAGUUUUUCCAGUUUCAACUGUCUCCUGGCAGUUGAAGAAUUAAAGAUGCCAUGCUAACUUACUGCAGCCUCAAGCAUUUCCCUCUUGUUUUAAAAAAGAGUUUUGUUCCGAUUAUUUUUGUGGUCAGUUAUUUCCUAGUUCUUUUUGCUAAGUCCUGACAAACUCCAGUGUCUUUCACUAGAUGCUCGAAAGCACUCCACAUAGUAAAGCAGUGAUUGUGUCCUGCUGGUGUAAUGCACUUUCUUCAACUACACCAAGCUCUGAAGCCGGUGUGUUCAGUGUGCAGUGUUACAAUAAAAACUGUGUAAAAGAAUGUCCUUGUACAGUAGAGUAGCAUGCUUGUGCUCAGUCCUAGUGCUCUCACAUCUUCCUCGCACCAUGUAAUUUGAUACUUACAGGGACACUUGCCUAGCUUUAGGGCCAAAUUUAACAAACUUGCAACGGACAGGCUUGACUGUCCUUCUAUCCAGGUAGCAGAUGCACAUUUAAACUAAUUUUUUCAUUCUAGGAAGAGUACAUCUGCCUUUUUAAUAUUAAAAUGUAUGAUGAUGUGAAAUUUGGCACUGAAACAAGACCUUCAGGAAUGGACUCGGUUUUAGCUUGCAAAGAAGUGACCAAAAGUUAAGAGGGUCUGUGUACAGCAAGUUGCUUGUUUCAGUCUAGUUUCUGGAACGGGCAGUGCACUCAGCCACAAAGCCAUAAUUAGAGCCUGAUUCUCAACCCUACAAUUGGUCCCUCCUUGAAAGGGAUGGGAAGGAUGAGGAAGUUGCCUCAUUCUGUUUUGCUAGCACUGAAUUCACUUUAAAAGCUGAAGAAAUGCCAUCUAAGCUUGAAGCAAUAUGUGACUUCUUUUUUGUAGAAUGGUUCUUAACAGUAUUUGUUUAUAAAGCUUCUGUAUUUUGUGUAUAAACAGUGUAUUUAACAUUGCAGUGUCAGAUUGUACUUGUGAAUAAAACUGAGUGAAAUGA